CUGAUAUUUGCCACUGAACACAUUAGUUCAGUAAUAUAAAAGAAAGUAUUUGGACAACUCUAAUACCAGGACAGUCAUAAUUCAAUUACCGGCAAAAUCGUUAGGAAUAACGUAUCGGAAAAACGAAAAGUGAUUUGUUACCGUAUUAAUCAUUUUGGUAACAGGUACCACACAGUUGAGUUAGUGAAUACCGCUAUUGAGAUGCUUCGAGCUGAACUUUUGAUUCUUGUAGUAUGCGUUGGAACGGUAAACAGUGCGACAGUUUGUGGUAUAAGACAAAUAGAUACAAAUCAAGAAAUAUGCUGCGGACAAAAACCUCAUGGAAGGUUUAAAGAUGGACACGAGUUAGGAUGCUUAAAAGACAUUGUUUUUGACCAAACUGUUAUGGUUGCUUGUGGAAAUCGACUGGAAAACAGAACAAUUGUGGAAAGGGAAUUCCCAAACGACUUCAUCUGCUGUUUUGGCCAGUUUCAUGCAAAGGAAAAUUAUGACCGAUGCUGCCAUGGUGAACAGGAACGAGUGUACACGCAUAGACUCCAAGCGUGUUGCAGUGGUGUUGUGGUUGAUCGCAAGGUUGGAACAGCUCAAGUGUGCCACGGAACGACACUGAUAGAUAGAAAUGCGAGACGACCUAGAUUACUUCAAUGCACAGGACAAAACGGACGAAAAGCAGAUUAUGACCCAAGCAGCUAUGUAUGCUGCAAACAAACCGGUUUGAUAUUAGAAAAAACAGGACCAGGGCCAUAUUUUUGUCACGAUGAUGGCGUAUUUAAUUCAUAUCAAAUGCAACUGUUACGUCUAGAUAAUGGCACUGAUGUUGUUGUCCAGAAAGGCAUUACAAUGUGUGGGAACGCUUUUAUCAGAACAUCAAGUCCAUUUAGUGACAUCUACUGCUGUGACGGUGUUGUUCAUCAAUUAGAAAAGAGCGACUGGAAUACAAUGGAAUGUUGUGGGACAAAGAUAUAUAACUACACAAUACAAUCAUGCUGCAACAAAGUUAUUCUCAAAAGUGAUAAGGGCUGCUGCAAUGGACAUACACCUUAUAUUCUGAUGGCUGAAGACUGUUGUGAAAAUAAGGUCAUCGACAGAGCCGAGGAAUUGUGCUGCAGAAACAACAUUGUGACGAAGACACAUCCUUCUCACUACGGGUGUUGCAAGAAAGACCAUGGAUGGACAACCUACAACGAACUAGAUCCUCAUGAUGAGUGUCUUUUGACACAUCUUAGACGUAUAUUGCACACCAAUCCGACAAGACCAGAAACAAGGUUGGGUGGGAAUAACAACAAAGCAGGUGAAACUACAGAGAGACGUCCAUUAGAAGAAUGCCCGUUUACAGAAUGUUACGAUAGACAACAGAAACAACGUUCGACUUGCAGAAAACUAUUUGAGCUGGACAUGUAUCUUGACGACGUAAUUACUACCGUUGAUGGGUCAAAUCUUUAUGUAACACUUAUCCAGCCGGAUACAUUAGUCAACAAGAAAAUCGCACUAUCUAUACCAUACAUAUGCCCAUGUCUCGAAAGUGGCCAUGUUUACACGUUAUUUACCAGCAGGGGAUGGGUUCGAAAAUUGACAGCAGUUGAAAAUGUUGAGUCUUCAAACUAUCUAACAAUAAACAAAAAGGAUUUUGUAGUUAAAAGAGGAAGUGGGGCGGACUCAUUUACAUGUACAAUAAGGCGAAAGCAUUCCGAUUUCUACAAUUCAUGGAGAGGGUCACCAGUUCUUUAUAAGAUAUAAAUAUUUAUUUUUUAUUGCAUAAUGUCAUCCAAAAAUAUUACUUUUGAUUAAAAUCUCUGUACACUGAACACAGAAUAGGGCAUGUUUUGCAUAGGGCAUGUUUUGGCAUUGCAUAAAGCGUAUUUUGUAUAAUUUCACCGAAUUCAGUAUUUAAUUGUAUGGAUAAUCAAAUAACAAUAAAAUGUAUUUUUAUA